GGAGAGAGAUGCUGAUGAAGAGUGAGCUAAUUAAAUCAGGUGGACACUAGAGAGUGUGUUGGCAACUCUCGACUGGAGGGGGGAUGGGAAGAUAGAGAGAGAGGGAAGACGGCAAAAUUGGCACGAAACGAGAGACUGUAAGGGCUGACUCAAUAGGGGGAGAGCAAGUGGGAGAAGGGAGUAAGAUGUAUGUAAACUUACAUGUGACAGACUGAUUGGAAUGGUAAAUGUUCACUUGAAGCUUAAUAAAAAUUAAUUUAAAAAAAUUUUUUAAAUUAAAUAAAUAAAUAAAGUGGCCCAGGUGAUUUUUAUCAUCAGGAAAAUUUGGGAAGCCCUGAUUUAGGGCAAAAGAGCAGUUUUUUUCCUGGAUCAUUCGCUGAAUGGCGAAAGGGAACUGAUAUACUAUGCAACCACUAAAGAUAAAACCUGACUAGAAAAGGAAGAGGGCUAGAGUUAUGAUUUUAUGGAGGAGGAAAUUCUUGGGGGCUGUUUUGAAGUUCUGUAGUUAUGAUUCACAGGGCUGGAUUACCCAGUGAGCAAAGUACUUGUGCGUACAUACUAAACGGCAGUGCACCAUUUCAUGUGUGUGCCUUGCUUAUUGGGUAAUCCAGCCCUCCUAGUGCUGGUAGCACAAAAGAUGGGCUCAAUAAAUAUUUGUGAAUCAGAGAGAUGGGCUGUCACUGAAUUGUGAGACAGAUACCUUCAGUUGCUGACAAUAAGAAAACUUCAGGCUUCAUUUCUCAGACCUUUAUUCUUGUAAACAAAGUUCAGCCCUCUGCAUGUUAUACUCUGUUAACCACAGAAGCCCAAAGUUCUUCUAUAACUAAUCUGAACUCGGGCUUCCUUUCCUCCGGUGCUUAGCUGCUCUCACAAUCCCUUUGCCUUCUAAUAAGCAGGGUGGGCUUGUGAGAAACAAUGGAGCAGGGCAGCAGCCGCGUGGAAGACUUCCCUCUCAACGUGUUUUCUGUCACCCCUUACACACACAAUACUGCUGACAUCCAGGUGUCAGACGAUGACAAGGCAGGUGCCACCCUGCUCUUCUCAGGUGUGUUCCUGGGACUGGUGGGGAUCACGUUCACCGUCAUGGGUUGGAUCAAAUACCAAGGUGUAUCUCACUUUGAAUGGACCCAGCUCCUCGGGCCCAUCCUGCUGUCAGUUGGGGUGACGUUCGUCCUGAUUGCUGUGUGCAAGUUCAAAAUGCUCUCCUGCCAAUUGUGCAAAGAAAGUGAGGAAAGGAUCCUGGACUCAGAACAGACACCAGGUGGACAAUCAUUUGUUUUUACUGGCAUCAACCAACCCAUCACCUUCCAUGGGGCCACUGUGGUACAGUAUAUCCCUCCUCCUUACGGUUCUCAGGAGCCCAUUGGGAUGAACACCGCCUACCUGCAGCCAGUGGUGAACCCAUGUGGUCUUAUACCCUCUGGAGGGGCAGUGGCCGCCAUGCCAAGUCCUCCUCAGUACUGCACCAUCUACCCUCAGGAUAAUGCUGCAUUUGUUGAGGAGGAGGAGGACUACUCUUCUUACGUGGAUGGUGGGAAUGACAGGUCAAGUGCUUAUGUGGACCAGCUUGAAGAGACACAGCUGGAAGAUGAAGACUGUGCCUGCUUCUCUCCUCCCCCAUAUGAGGAAAUAUACUCUGUCCCUCGCUAGAGACUACAGUGCUAAGGGAGCAGUCAUUUUAGUCAUUGUUACCUGACAGCUGAGUGGCUCUAUGCUGUGACCUUCAGAAGUUAGACAGCUGAGCCACCCAGGCAGACACCAUUCAAGUAUUGGGGGUAGGGGUACAAUGGAACUGGGAGGUAAUGACUCAGUUUAACAAAACUUCCACCGGGAUGGGGAAAUUCCCUUCCAGUACAGUGUCUAAUCCCCUCAUGAAACAAAUCCCUUGAGUAAAGUUCAGGAGCAGGAAAUGUCACCUGUUUAUCCACUCACCCCCUUCUCUAUAGGAAGGCACUUGUGUCUCAGUGUUAAUUAACGUCAACAGCCAAGAGAAAGAUCACCUUUCUGAGACCUCAGGAGUUUCCAUAGUGGUGAGGGUGCGGGUUGCAGGAAGCUGGGAAGCAAAAAUAGGCCCAAAUGGAGAUUUCCCAGUGCCUGCCCUCAGCCCCAAAUGGGACUUGCAUAUCCCUGAAGACUUGGUUGCCAUCUAGUGUCCCUUGAGGACUCUGGGUAUCUAAGGGCAGCAAUAAAUAAAUACAAAACAAAUUAAAUUAAACAAAAUAGUAUCCUCUAUUCAAAUAGUAUUAGAUAGCUGGCUAAAUCACCCAAAAUAAAAAUACUAGGACCAUGAUGUGAACAAAUCCAUAAGUGAUCCUUG